GUCAGUACGGCUGUCAGCGCUCAGCCAAUCAGCGUUCAGUUCCCAGUGUGGCGCUCCUGAAUGAUACAGACCGGAGGGGUCGUGUGUUAAGUCAUGAACUUCACUAACUUCUUCACAGCCAUCGUUUAAGAGCUGCUUCAGCCAUGCCUGUGACGUCUCAGCUGCUCAGGGGUUUGCCUCGUGCCAAGCUCUUGGCCUCCGGUCUGCUACCAUGCCAACAACACCAGUCCCAGCUAGGACCUAUUACUAACCGACCACCCUCAAGAUGGCCCUUUCAUGUAUCGCAGAGCCAUCAGCACUCGAGAAGUUACCAGACAACCUCAGAGCUCCGUAGCUACAUCCUCACACCGCCGCAGGUCAACUCCAUCCUGAAAGCCAACGAGUACAGCUUCAAGGUGCCAGAGUUCGAUGGGAAGAAUGUAUCAUCGGUGAUGGGCUUUGAGAGUAAUCAGCUGCCGGCCAACGCUCCUAUAGAAGACCGCCGAAGUGCAGCCACCUGCCUGCAGACGAGAGGAAUGCUGCUGGGUGUGUUCGACGGCCAUGCUGGCUGUGCCUGUGCACAGGCGCUGAGUGAGAGGUUGUUUUACUACAUCGCGGUGUCUCUGCUGCCCCAUGACACCCUGUGUGAGCUGGAAGCAGCGGUGGAGGCCGGCAGGGCCCUCAGUCCUAUCCUGCAGUGGCACAAACACCCCAACGACUACUUCAGCAAGGAGGCUCAGACUCUCUACUUCAACAGCCUCCGAACAUACUGGCAGGAGCUAAUAGAUCUGACCUGCCCGGGCGACGUUCCAGAUACACACGAGGCGUUGCUGAACGCCUUCAAGAGGCUGGACAACGACAUUUCCCUGGAGGCUCAGGUUGGAGACCCCAACGCUUUCCUGAACUACUGGGUUCUGAGGGUUGCCUUUUCUGGAGCAACGGCCUGCGUGGCUCACAUAGAUGGAUCAGACCUGUACAUUGCCAACUCAGGAGACGCUCGGGCAGUGUUGGGGGUGCAGGAGGAGGACGGUUCGUUCACCGCUCACACACUCUCUAACGACCACAGCGCCCAGAAUGAGGAAGAGGUGGCCCGGAUACGAGCUGAACACCCCCCUUCAGAGAAGAAGACAGUUAUACGACAGGACCGGUUGCUCGGCCUGCUCAUGCCGCUGCGUGCUUUUGGAGAUGUGAAGUUCAAGUGGAGUAUUGAGCUGCAGAAGUGUGUGUUGGAGUCCGGGCCCGAUCAGCUCCAUGAAAACGAGCACUGCAAGUUUAUCCCUCCAAACUACCACACCCCCCCCUACCUGACCGCCGAGCCGGAGAUCACGCACCACAAACUGCGGCCACAGGACCGCUUCAUGGUGAUUGGCUCCGACGGUCUCUGGGAGACGCUCCACAGACAGGAAGUGGUUCGUAUUGUGGGGGAGUAUAUAACAGGGGUUUCCCAGCGUCAGCCCCUCAAAGUGGGGGGCUACAAGGUCUCCCUGGGACAGAUGCAGGAGCUGCUCGACGAGAGAAAGGCUCGCGAGUCUUCGGCUUUCGAGGAUCAGAACUCAGCGACCCACCUGAUACGCCACUCGGUGGGAAACAACGAAUUUGGCACGGUUGACCACGAGAGACUGUCGAAAAUGCUGUCGCUGCCCGAGGAGCUGGCUCGCAUGUACCGCGAUGACAUCACCAUUAUCAUCUCUCAGUUUAACCCUCAUGUGAUCGGAGCCCAGAGACAAGACGGGCAGUCCUGAGCUGUACCUCCACCGGUGUUUCACUGCAGAUAACGCACAUUUGUGUAACUGUGUACUUGUACACAUAAGCCCACUGUGGACAAACAGGCCAUAAUGAGAACAUAUCUGUCCAGCAGAAUUGUUUUAACUCUAUUUAAGUAAAUACCUUGUAUAUUUGUAUGCAGUGCUACAGAAGAUCUAGUUCCUCGUGAAGAUCUUCGUUGGAUGGAAGUCAAUUAUAUGACGCUAUUUAUGCUGCCAACAUCCUCUGGCAACCCUUGCAUACACACCUCUCUGCGUGGCUGAUAAGACACUGUUACAAACUGACUUUUGUGCCAAAAGACUUGACCUCCUCGUCUGCUGAAAGACUCGGGUUGAAAUUGUAGAUCUUCCAAAGAGCGUAAGGGUUGGGACUCGAUGCAGCACUGACUCAACCUGAUUCUCUGAUAUGGACUCAAACUGGGCUGUGCCACUGUAACACCAACACUCUUUCUCAGGUGUUAUUUCCAACUCACUCACAAUAUGUAUCUGUAUCCCCUGUAUCUGCUUAACAUGCACGUGUUCUCUAUUUAAACUCAAGUAUUUGAAAGAUUGACUCCAAUGCCCUGGAUUUCAAGUAGCUGCAAGAUGUAGAGGUGAAGUCCGCCGUUCUGGGAAAAUGUUAUUGAUAUUUGAUCUCCUCACCCAAACAAAUGCACUCCCCUCAGUGCUGUUGGCAUGUGCCAGAUUUACAUCCUUGACCUUUUCACGCCCCCUGUUCCUGAUUGGCUGGAUUAGUGUUGCUGUUGCUCUGAGCUACUUUGUUUGUUUCCCAUUUACAAACCUGUGUAUGGACCACAGAUUCAUUUUUCAGUGCGUACACAGAACUGAAAGCUAGCAGAUCGUAAUAAGAUAUCGACUGAAUUUGACAAAAAGUGUCACUGACUCCAACUUUAAAUUGCUGACGUUAAGCUUUAAAGUGCUCUCUUCCAUAUUGGCACUCUAGUGAACAUCUUGUGGGGAAAAGAUGGUUAUAGGGAAGAGAAACAAUGAUUCAGAUGCACACAAUGUUAUCAAUUUAAAUAGAUACUGGAUACCUCCUUUAAUCUCUUCAAAUGAAAAGCAAAGAAUAAUCAAAGAGACUUCAUUUCAAAGUGUCACGAGCCAAAAAGGUUGGGCAACACUGAGCUAUGUUUUCAAUAUGCUAAAGCACAGAGCAAUAAAAUAGUCCUACAAAUAUUGACCGACUACACACUUAUGUACUGAAAGGAGGACAUGCAUGUGCACUACAGGUAUAUUGUCUGGAUGGUGAUUAGAUGAAUUACGGUUCAUAUAUAUACAUAUAUAAUACAACCCUAAGUUAAAUGAGAGUUUUGUAGCUUUUUUCCCAAGCUUUAUGGGUUAAAAGGCAUGCUUGUUUAGGGUUCAUCUUGCAUUACAUUAUUUAUUAAGCAUUUUCAGUUUGGGUGACAGUUUGAUUUAUAUAUGACAGCUUUGUUGAAAGCAGAAGCACUCUCCUGACACUCUCCAGUUAAACACUAAGGACGGGGUCGAAGCGUUGUGUUCAAGUGUGUUUGAGCCCACAGGAAAGAGCAGAAUGUACAUUUGAAAGCAGCCGUUUGAAUAUCAGAUUUCAAAAGAUUUUACAGUACAUGUAUGUUACACAUCUUUAUUUACAGUUGUAUGUAUGAAAUGUAACUUAUGUGGAUUAUGUUUUGUAUAUGGAAAUGCUUUAAUAAAACAUAAUACACACCA